AUGGCCAUCGACGCGCUUGUAGCGGACGAAGACGAGGCAGGGUCAAUAUUAAGGCGGCGCAGGUCAAGUCAUAACGCAGAGCAAACCAUCCAGGGACCAGUAUUGGGGGAGGUAACGCUCCCAGUGAUGCUAUUGUCGCUAUUGUACUUCUUGGUGUUCAAAUGGAUCCUAGAUCUGGUAUUCUGUGCCGUGCCACUGGCACUAUGGAUCGUGAGUAUUGCUCAAGUGUUACCGAAAGAUGCAGGGCUCUCCGAUGUGAACAUUGUGUCCACGGGGACUACAGCUGCUCAGGUGUUCGCAGCAGUGGCUUUCGCCUUCUUGGCGCAUCAAUUGGGGGUCACCUCUGCUAGAGGAUUACUAUUCGUGUCUAGAAAUGUGGCGCGAGUGCUUUUUGCAAGUAAUGCUCCAGAGGAGACGAGUGAAGAGACCAUUGAUCGAGCACCUUUUAAAAUUGGACAGAAAGAGCGUCGUAUUGGAGCUGCAGCAUCAAAUAAUUAUGGAACGAUGGGUGGAAAGCAUUCAAGCUCGCGUCAAGGAAGUGGCAAUGCGUCAGUGUCGAACGAGAAGCCGUCGGCUGAAGCUGUGACGCGGAAUUUGUACCAGGAACGCCGAAGUGGUAGCGAGUCGAAUGUAUCGAGACCAAGAGGGUCAAGGGAUAUGAAACAGCAGCCAGCAAGCUUCGACGGUGCGUAUGUACCUCCAGGGAUGCCUGUAAUGGCUACAGAUAGACCAUUACCUCAUGCUGAACGGGCGUUUCAAGAAGAUAUGCAUCAUGACCACGACCAGGAGUUUCAAAUGUGUUGCUGCAAGGUUGUUAUCAAGUCUGACGCUAAAGGGAUCGAUGAGAGUGAUGAUCAGCAUAGGAUUGAUGGUCGUGGUGGACGCAGGGGAGGCGGUGGAAGGGGAAAUAGCAGAGGAGGAUUCACGUGGGGUCGAGGAGGACGAGGAGGGUUACGCUUCGACCAAAUGAGGCUGGAUAUGCGUGGACCUCCACCUUUCCCGCCAUUGAAUGGCGAAUUGUCACCGUGGGGCGCUGACUGGCGUGAGCGAUGGCUGGAACAUUGGUCGCAUUGGCAUGAUUGGAGGUGGCCUCAUGAGGCCCAGAGAAGGCAGAGAAGAGGUCGACGAGGGGUGCGUCGGCGCAACAGCUUCGAUGAUGUGUAUGCUGUCGCUGUCCCUGUGGCCGCAACUGUGUCGGAUACUGAUGACGACGUCGUCAAGAAGGAACCAGCGCAUAAAAGUAUGUAUGAGGCGCUGGACUUAAGUCCAUCUGCUCCACCUCUCCCUUCCCAACAAACACGCCGAGGAAGUUUCGAUGCACGUUCGGUAGAAUUGCAAGGGGCAUAUGACCAUUAUCGUCGUGACUCGACACAAAAGAGCUGGUCUGAACCGACUGGUCGCCAAGAGCAUAGUCGCAGAGAUGAAGCGAUGGGCACUUCCGAGUCAGAUGAAGACGAAAGUGACGGCGAUCGUAGAAGGGACAAGGAGGAUGCUAUGCGUGGGCUGUUACAAGGUCAACAUCAGCGCACUGAUGGCUCCUCCAAAAAUGUCGACAGAGAGGUGGCUGGUGAGGCUGAUGGAGACUGGACAAGUGAUAAAUUUCGCCACAAGCAUGCCCAGUGGAAGCAACGACGGUAUGAAAGGAAAGUGCAGAAAUACGAACAGAAACUUCGAGCAGCACAAGAAAAACUUGAUAAACGACGUGAAGAACAUGCUGAUCGCCACGAGCGAUCCAUUGCCGCCAGAGAACGUGAUAGAUUUGCAAGAGAGAUCGACCAAGCAGCCGAUGAAGCGUUCUACGCACCGGAGAGUAGACCAGAUACUAUCCAGAUGCAAUUACAGUCGUCGGGGGAGGAUAAAGCAACUGUUCCGCGACAUGCAUCGCCAGCAACACCUUCAGUUCCAGCUCCACCAGUAUUACCAAUAAUAUCUGCUCCUGCAGCUCCGCCAGUCCGUCCAAAAAGUACGCCGCUGCUUCGAAGCACUAAUGGAGAUCCAAGGAAGCGAGCGCUAUCUUCUCGCGUCCGGGGGCGACCAAGUACGCUGUCAGACCAUCAAGUGCGCUCCACUAGUGACACUUCUGAUCAACUGGACACCGUGGAGCAUGAUGCGCGAGAAGAUAAACGGUCGGUGAGUAUUGCGCAGGCAUCUCAGGCUGGAUCAUCGCGCGACAUCAGCGACUUGGAAAUACUAGGCCACUACGGAAACAUCGCCCGUUCCUACGAAGAUGACGACAUGACAAAUAUGCGAGCUUAUGCGCCGCUGAGCUAUACGGAUAGUCCUCCGCAGUACAUCACGGCUUUGGAUUCAAGUCCGAUCUACCGAGGCUCGUCGGAGCAGCCAGGUUACGACAGCUUUUCGCCCAUGAAUUCACCCAGAAGCAGCGGGGUAGGACGUGGGUCUUUCGACGUCGAUCACGACUACGACUUGCUGUCUCCGACCAACAGUAUACACGAUGCUGACUUCCCAACCGACAAGUUCCAGCAAGUGUACCGUUCGAUCCAGAUGGCUGCUGUACCUGAGUCUCGCCGGUCUGCAUCAACAAUGGCGGCUGAGGAAGGCGGUGUGGAUGCGAAAGCGGAGUUCAAAGACGUCCCUGGUCGUCGAGAUCGUGUGAACUUCAGUGCUUUCGCCCCACCAAGUGUGUGUCCGUCGCUGAAGCCGUUCCAGUUUACAGUUUGGGCGUUCCUCUUGAACCAGCGAUCCGAGAUGCAAGAGCUGGCGAAGAGUGACCACCCUGAGGCGCGAAAACUCUCGCUGGAAUCCAAACUAGACGUCCGUCGUGGCGCUCUGGUGCACGUGACGCUGGAAGUGCCCAACGGAUUCGAGGUACUGAAUGGUGCCACGCAAGGCUUCGCAUGGGAAGGAGAGAUCUCGAACGUCGACUAUGACGUGGUGUGUACAGAUGGCGCUGCGUUUGGACGUGUAUUGUUUAAAGCGCGAAUUACUGUGGGUUCGUCUGUCGCCGUGCUGAACUCGUUCGUGCUUGUUGGCUCGCGUGUGAUGCAGCCUAGCGAGUUAGAAGCUGACGUGCUGGAGGGCUGGAUGGAUGUGAUGGAACAGACGUAUCGCGAGAUUCCGUUCCGGUCGCUAGAGAUGAAGGAGCUGGUAGGACAAGGAUAUUUCGGUGACGCGUAUCGCGCCUCGCUGGACGGUCAGGAUGUCGUGGUGAAGACUAUUCGAGCUAGCGAGUUCGGCGAGACGACGUCGCAGAUUGUUCGCGAGUUCCAGCACGAGGCUGCGAUGCUGAAUAUGUUUGGACAUCACCCCUGCAUCGUCCCAUUUGUGGGUGCUUCUACCGACACCAAGUUCCCAUUGGCUUUGGUGACCAAGUAUCUUCCGUAUGGCAGUCUGGAAGACAAUCUACGUGGCAGUUCUUCACUCUCGAUCGAUGAACGCACUGGGAUGCUAAAGGACGCUGCGGCUGGACUGCUUAACAUCCACGAAGGUGGCUUCAUUCACCGUGAUCUUGCUGCACGCAACUGUCUCGUGGAUCAAGGCAAUCGUGUACGUAUCUGCGACUUUGGGCUCUGUCGUCGCGUGCGAGCCGAGACUGGAAUGCUUUUGAAAGACGCUGUGGGUCCAGUCAAGUACAUGGCCCCAGAGUCAUUACAGCCUCCCCACGCGUUCUCAUACGAUUCAGAUGUCUACAUGUUUGGUGUGCUGAUGUGGGAGACCUACACGAGUUCGCCACCGUUUGCGGCGCUGACUCCUGUAGAGGCGAUGAUGAAUGUUUUACGUGGCGAACGUCUUCCUGUUCCUAAGGAGCUACCGGAAUCUCUUCAAACGCUGAUGCAGAACUGUUUCCAUGACUCGCCCGCCGAACGUCCGUCCAUGCAGGAAGUGCUCACUGCGUUAGAUUGCUCGUUAGUCUCGAGUCAGCGCGCGUCAGCAGCGAUCGCUGCUAGAACGGCUGUUGCUUCAGCUAGUGCCAGCGCGGCGACCUCCACGGCGAUGGCCAAGUCUGUUGCAUUGAGGAACAACCAGCAAGAUCGAUCCAUUUGGGUAUAG